GUCUAGUCUUUUGGGCGAUCGAGGAUCGAAGGCGAGGGACAUCUUAGCGGGGAGUUGCGCGCAACAGAGACUGCGGAACGCGCGGCGCGGCCGGGGAGGUGCGCGUGGUGUCCGCUUCUUCAGCGGCGCGUGCUCGCCGGGUCGUACGUCGUCGUCGUUGACAUUCCAACAAACCGAUCGGUCAGUCGAUUUUUCUUCUCCGGAGUUUUAACACCGACGCUCUUGACACGGCCGAGGUUUCGGAUUGCUUGAAUUAGGUGAGGAGAGGAGGAAGGAGGAGGGAGAAGAAGUGUAAGAGCGAACGAAGGAGAGAGAGAGAAAGGUUGGGAGCGGUUGGGGGUAGUGCGACAGGUAAGGUAAGGGAGGAGAGCGAGCAUGAUGAUGCAAGAGGCUGGGCGGCACGUCGCCCGGGCCAUCCUCCAUGGCAGCGGAAGAACGGGGGCAAGAGUCGCACCAAGCUGGUCGGGACUCAUGAGUGGCAGUGCCAGAUGCAUAUCUGGGUCCUCAGUGUUGAGCACGUGGUGGGGACACGUCGGUCCCGCCCCUAAGGAUCCGAUUCUCGGCGUUACGGAGUCCUAUCUAGCAGACCCAUCGGACGGAAAAGUCAAUGUCGGAGUGGGUGCGUAUCGAGAUGACAAUGGCCAGCCUGUUGUGCUGGAGUGCGUUCGAAUGGCGGAGCAACGCAUUGCCGGAAUUGAGUACAUGGAGUAUCUCCCGAUGGCGGGGAUGAAGAGGUUCAAUGGUCUUGCCAUUAAGCUGGCAUAUGGCGACGAUUCCCCUGUCAUUAAGGAAAGAAGGGUGGCUGCUGUCCAGGCCCUCUCUGGAACUGGGGCUUGCAGGCUGAUGGCCGACCUUCAGCACCGCUUCCGACCAGAGUCCCAGGUGUUCUUUCCGGUCCCAACAUGGAGCAAUCACUUGAAUAUCUGGCGAGACGCAAACGUCAUGGUCAAGUCUUUUCGGUACUACAACCCGAAAACGAAGGGGCUCGAUUUUGAGGGAAUGAUGGAAGAUGUCAAGAAUGCACCCAAUGGCUCUUUCUUCGUUCUGCAUGCCUGUGCACAUAACCCAACGGGAGUUGAUCCGUCUACUGAGGAGUGGAAGGAGGUGUCCAGCCUCUUCAAGGAAAAGAACCAUUUUGUCGUAUUCGACAUGGCUUACCAAGGGUUUGCUUCAGGUGACACAUCAAAAGACCGACAGGCGAUCCGUAUCUUUUUGGAGGAUGGCCAUCAGGUUGCGUGUGCCCAGUCGUUCGCAAAGAACAUGGGCCUUUACGGGCAGCGUAUUGGCUGUCUCAGCAUUGUAUGUCACAGUGAAAUGGAGGCGGCCAAUGUUCAAAGCCAGGUGCAACAGAUUGCAAGGCCUAUGUACAGCAACCCUCCACUGCAUGGGGCGCAUUUGGUCGCAACAAUCCUUAGCGACCCAGGGCUGAAAGAGCUAUGGUUGAAGGAAGUCAAGAUGAUGGCCGAUCGGAUUAAGUUAAUGAGGUCGUUGCUGCGCGAGCAUCUGGAAGGAAUAGGAUCACAGAUAAAUUGGGAGCACAUCACAAAACAGAUCGGAAUGUUCUGCUUCAGUGGGCUUACCCCAGCGCAGGUGGAUGAACUUACCAAGAACUAUCACAUCUACAUGACAAGAAAUGGCCGCAUCAGUAUGGCGGGAGUAACGACCAAGAAUGUCGAGUACUUGGCACAUGCCAUUCAUACUGUAACCAAAGCGCAGAAAUAGGUGCAAAUGGGUGGGUGAACGAAAGGCCACGUUCGCACUGACAGACAGCUGUUGUGAGAGAGUGGGGUAUGUGACCGCACGGCACAACUCAAAACAUGCGAUGUUAACACGAAAUCAGGUAGGAGAAGGGAGUCAAGGGACUCGAAGAAAGCGAGAAGUCAAGGUUUAAAAUGAUAUCAUAUCAUGACGUGAAGAACUAAAUGGAGGGUGCACGGAAGGUCUGCAGCUAUGGGACUACAGCUAACUACCAGGUAGUGACCGCACGAAGAAACCACCUCCACAACUGGAACUUUCCCAACACGUGUUUAGACCGAUGCCAGACAGCCGCCAUCGUCGACGGAGAUGCAGAACAGGAUGAGACAGGUUCGCUAAAUGAUGAAGAGAUGAUGGCACAGCUGAGCAAGCCAGUUCUUGAG